CGAGUCCAAACAUUCCUACUUCCAGAUCCUCUACUGAUUAUCGCUAGACUUUGGAAUAUCCUUUUACAUCCAUGGACCAAGAAGAGCGCGAAGACGAUAUUCGAAUACGGUACAUGGGAGCCAUCAUCGAUGUCAUUGCCAUCGCUAUCUUCAUUGGGAUUGUUGGGGUGACGUAUCAACUCACUGGCUUGAUUGCGAUGGAACGAGAAUUGGGUAUGAGCCAAUUGAUCGACUGUAUGAUGCCAAAUUCGUCCCCGUGGCUAUCCCAAGCCGCUCGCUUUUGCGCUGCCCACCUUGCUCUGGAUAUAGUAUACGGACCUGGAUGGAUCAUCAUGGGCGGUAUUCUGAAAGGCCUUGUAUACAGCAGAACCUCGGCUGGGAUUACGGUGGUUUAUCACAUUUUGACUGGUCUUGCGCUGUCGUCUUUCGCCAUAUUCGGUGCUUCGUUCUUCAAAAGGGCGCAGCUCAGCGGUAUCUCCGUCGUCCUUGCCUGCCUUCUUCUCGGUGUGGUGGCUCAAAUGGUUCCAGCGAGAAGUAAUGGGCCUGUCAUCAUCCUCAGCCUUUUGUUCCCCUCUAUGAAUUACGUUUACUUCUCCAUUUUCAUAGCUCGAUGGGAGAGGGAGAAUCUCGCGGCAACUCUGACUGAGGCUGCGCCGAACAAUCCAUGGAGUCUCCCAGGGUUAGCCUUGUGGAUUUUUCUGAUCAUCCAGAUCGUCGUCUACCCCAUUCUAGCCGCCGUGAUGGAGCGAGUUUUAUACGGCACGGCUUCGAAGAAUCGCCACCUUUCUGGUCCUGAUACUUCCGUAGCCCUGAGCAUCAGGAACCUCACUAAGAUAUACCAGCCAGGAUGGUUUUAUCGGACCAUAGGAAGGUGGUUUGGCAGUAACAGACAGAGCGUACAUGCCGUCAACGACCUCUCAAUGGACGUCAGUCAGGGACAAAUUAUGGUACUACUUGGGGCUAAUGGAUCGGGAAAAUCUACGACAUUAGAUGCCAUCGCUGGCUUGUCCAAAUUAUCAUCCGGGAUGAUCAACAUCAACUACGGACAUAAGGAGCCCAGGCUCGGCCUUUGCCCGCAAAAGAAUGUGCUCUGGGAUAAUUUGACGGUGAAAGAACACGUCCGGAUCUUCAAUAGGCUGAAAUCGACUGGGAAAGUUGCAAGCGAUGGGCAACUCACGCGGCUAUUGAAGGAUUGUGAUCUCGGAAAGAAGCUAAAAGCCCGAUCGAAGACACUCUCUGGCGGUCAAAAGAGAAAGGUUCAGCUGGCGAUGAUGUUUACUGGUGGCUCUUCUGUCUGCUGUGUCGAUGAGGUGUCGUCAGGGCUGGAUCCGAUUUCUCGAAGGAAGAUAUGGGAUAUCCUGUUAGCCGAAAGAGGCUAUAGGACGAUCAUACUGACAACCCAUUUCCUGGACGAAGCGGACCUUCUCGCCGAUCACAUUGCGGUUCUCUCAAAAGGCGUGUUGAAAGCCAAUGGAUCAAGCGUUGAACUGAAGAGCCGUCUGGGUUCCGGUUACCGAAUACAUGUUCUCAACGUCCCUGGAUCCGAACACGCUACUCGGACACGAUUUCAAGGUGUACAAAAGGAGGCCCACUUUGACGAAACGGUGUAUACAGUCCAAAGCUCUGCUGAAGCGGCACAUUUCGUCUCAGAGCUAGAACACGAGGGCGUUACGGAGUAUCGCAUUAGUGGGCCUACCAUAGAAGACGUCUUUCUCAAGGUUGCAAGUGAACUUGACAUGGACUCUUCCAGAGAGAGUGUGGACUAUAAUACACUGGUGUCCAGUGCGGAGAGCAACGAGGGAAAUAUCCAGCCUGGGUCGCUACAACUGCUGACAGGUAAACGAAUCGGCUUGGUGCUCCAGGCGUGGCAUCUGUUUCGCAAAAGAUUCACCAUCCUUCGGCGCAAUCCGCUUCCUUAUAUUGCUGCCUUUCUGAUUCCCGUAAUUGCCGCGGGCCUUGUUACCCUCUUCCUGAAUGGGGUUCCACAGCCUGGGUGUUCGGGGGACGACUCCUUCAAGACACCCGAAUCUACGCUCGCAGAUCAAUGGGAUGAUCUGCUACUUGUCCUAGGUCCAUCAGACAAGGUACAGCCUAAACUUCUCGAAAGCUUUGUCCUUUCGAUGAGCGAGCGGCUUGACUCCGAUACAGGGGAGGUGAACGAGACAGGCGAGACAUCCAGCUUCGAAUCGCACUUUCAUAUGGUUCUUAACUACCCGGAAUUUACCAACUACAUAUCGGAAAACUACGAAAAUGUGACACCCGGAGGUGUCUAUCUUGGGGAUUCGCUCUGGGAACCGACUAUCGCCUGGAAGGGGGACAACGCCAACUUUCCGCUUGCUGCUAUUGUGCAGAAUGUCCUAAACCGCCUUGUUACAGGAAUGCCUAUCAACAUUGGCUUUGAAUUCUUCGACAUUCCCUCGAUGCCCGAUAUUUUCGAUGUUCUCCAGCUCAUUGUAUACUUUGGUCUUGCGAUGUCGGUUUACCCGGCCCUUUUCGCCCUAUACCCAAACAUUGAACGUCUUCGAAACGUCCGCGCUCUACAUUUCAGUAAUGGAGUCAGGAGUCUAUCUCUAUGGCUCGCAUACCUCUCCUUCGACUUUUGCAUUGUUGUUGCCUCCAGCAUCCUUGCAGUCAUCAUCUUCCGGGUCGCGUCCGAUAUCUGGUUUCACAUUGAAUACCUCUUUGUGAUCUUCUUCCUCUACGGGCUGUGCAGCAUCCUGUGCUCUUACCUAGUUUCCAUCUGCACUCGAUCACAGCUGGCAGCCUUUGCGUUCGCGGCCGGCGGACAGUGUGUCAUGUUCCUUAUCUAUUUCAUCGCAUAUAUGAGCAUCCUUACUUAUGCACCUACGGAGAACAUCGAUUACUACGUCGAGGUUGCGCAUUUCACCAUCGCCCUGGUGUCCCCGGCAGGAAACCUUCUUCGCGCUAUGUUUACUGCCCUAAACGUAUUCUCCAUCCUCUGCCGGGGCCCUGCGGGCCGAGAGAUGGCCUCUUACCCCGGCGAAAUCGGCCUCUACGGAGGACCUAUUCUCUAUCUUACCUGCCAGUCAAUUUUCUUAUUUGCUCUUCUGGUCUGGAUCGAGGGUGGCUCGCCUAUAUUUUCCUGGCUUCGACCCCAGUCCAAGCCGCAAGACGUGGAAGAUAAAGAGCCUGCUGACAGGGAUAUAGCAGAAGAGGCAGCGCGUGUGUCUAGCACAGAGGAUAACCUUCGUCUCUUACAUGUCAGCAAGACGUUUAAGAAACUUGUCGCUGUGGAAGAUAUAACCUUUGGCGUAGGUACGGGAGAGGUUUUUGCACUUCUCGGACCUAAUGGCGCGGGCAAGACUACUACGAUUUCCCUUAUUCGAGGCGAUAUUCAGCCCACACGCAACGGCGGAGAGAUCUUUGUUGACAAAGUAUCGGUCUUGAAGCAGCGCGCGGCGGCCCGAUCCCGCCUUGGUGUGUGCCCCCAAUUCGACGCCAUGGACCAGAUGACAGUGCUCGAACACCUUAUCUUCUAUGCUCGCAUCCGCGGCGUGCCAGACGUCACACACAAUGUCCGCGAAGUCAUGAAAGCCGUCGGUCUCACCCCAUUCAAGCACCGCAUGGCGACAAAGCUCUCUGGCGGAAACAAGCGUAAGCUCUCCCUCGGCAUCGCCCUAAUGGGCAAUCCAUCUGUUCUGCUACUCGACGAGCCAUCGUCCGGUAUGGACGCCGCCUCCAAACGAGUCAUGUGGAAAACACUCGCUGCCGUAGCACCAGGACGAUCUAUCGUCCUCACCACACAUUCAAUGGAAGAAGCCGACGCCCUCGCCCACCGCGCGGGGAUCAUGGCCCGACGCAUGCUGGCCCUAGGCACGACGGACGCCCUCCGCUCCAAAUUCGGAAACAUGUACCACGUGCACAUCGUCCAUGCGCAGGCACCCCACACCUCCGACGAAGACAUGGAGUACAUCCGUGACUGGGUGAUGAAGAACUUCGCAGGCGCCAUAAUCGAGCAGAAGACAUACCAUGGACAACUGCGCUUCAGCGUCCCGGCGGAACCAUCCCACGACAAGGACAAGGAGAAGUACACCACCACCACUACUACCACUACCGCCACUAGCGACGAUGACAAGAGCUCUACAACCCGUGAUGCCGACAGUGAUCAAAUCCACCCGAUCUCACUGCACUCGGGUGUGUCAACCCUAGGCGGGUCGCAGGCAGGAUCUGAGCUCGCGAAGAUGCGAAGUAGUGUGAGUAAAUUGUUCUCGCGGCUCGAGCAGGAUAAAGCGGCAUUGGGGGUGGAGCAUUAUUCUGUCAGCCAGACGACCCUCGAUCAAGUGUUCUUGACUAUUGUUGGGAGGCAUCAUAUUCGGGAGGAAAACCCGGGGUAGUGCUUAUGUUUAUAAAGCCUUCUUUUUCGUUCCCUUUGUCUUGGCUGAUUUGAUAUCCAUUUGUCGUUAGUUCCUCCGUUGGGGGCUGAUUGGGUUUAUACGUUUUAACAAGGCAUUCUAUAUCUUCUCGCGCACUAAAUAUUCAGCACAACACACCCACAAACCUGAGACCUCCCCGGGUACUAUAGUAUGUGACUUCACUCAAAUCAGUGUCAAGAUCUGCAUUCGAAUAUAAUUGCAUGGCAUUGGCCUAUUCAGAGUAUCGCCCCCCUUUUUUGCUGGGAAGGGGGGGAAGGGCCAAAGGCAAUCAGACCCAAUCAAAAUUGGGAAUUAGCAGCAUCUGUAUCACUAUAGCAUGGGAUGAGAUUGAGAUGUUGUUGACUAGACUCUAUAUCUAUAUAUCUAUAAUUAGUCGGAUGAAGGGGUGUUUGGAGAUGUCAGUUAAGUCAUCGCUAUUGGGAACCACAACAAAGGUCAUACUGAGGUCUGAAUGCAGUUAAAUGGCCCCAAGUGCCAUUCAGACGCGAUGUGAGUCAAGCGCAUAUCGCUAAGAUGUUGGGACGUGGAUGCGUUUAGUAGGAGAUCCGAGGAGGCAGAUGUUUAGGCGCAGAGUGUCCCAGGAGACUUAGUAGGUAGCUAUGCACCUAUUAACAAGGUAGCGUUAACUCCCAGGCUAAGUGUUCA